CCUUUAUAAAGCUACAGAGGUUCUUAAACCGCCGCCCUCCCUCUCUCUCUCUCUCUCUCUCUCUCUCUCUCUUAUGUGAGAUUUGAGCUUAGAGGGAGAAGAGAGGAUUGAUAAGAGAUUUAACAGUACAAAAAUGGCGCCGGUAACUCUGCCGCCUGGCUUUCGCUUUCAUCCGACAGAUGAAGAACUGGUAGCUUACUAUCUGAAGAGGAAGAUUAAUGGAAGAACAAUAGAGCUCGAAGUGAUACCAGAGGUUGAUCUUUACAAAUGCGAGCCAUGGGAAUUACCAGAGAAAUCAUUUCUCCCAAGCAAAGAUCUAGAGUGGUACUUUUUCAGUCCUAGAGACCGCAAGUACCCCAAUGGUUCAAGAACAAAUAGAGCUACUCAAGCAGGUUAUUGGAAAGCAACAGGAAAAGAUAGGAAGGUGAACUCACAGAAGAGAGCAGUUGGAAUGAAGAAGACUCUUGUGUACUACCGCGGCAGAGCUCCUCAUGGUUCUCGAACUGAUUGGGUCAUGCAUGAAUACCGCCUUGAUGAAAGAGAAUGUGAAAUUGCAAAUGGAUUACAGGAUGCCUAUGCCCUUUGUCGCGUAUUUAAGAAGAGUGAGCCUGGUCCUAAGAUUAUAGAGCAUUAUGGAGCUCCAUGUGAAGAACACAAGCAAUGGAUGCUGAAUGAACAUUCCUCAACCAUGACAGAUCUCUCUCCUGAUGGAAUAGGAGAUUACCUGGAAAGCAGUAACUAUCAUUUCCAGCCCUCUGAUUGCCCACAAACAAUGAUUCAAUCCUCAUUUGAAGCAAGCAACUCAUGGAUGCAAUUUCUAACAGAUGAGGCACUUAGCUCCACUACGGCUACAUUUCAGAACACAAGUUUUUCCUAUGUGCCAUCGAAGGUAGAUGUAGCAUUGGAGUGUGCAAGGCUUCAACAAAGAUUCACAAUGCCUUCUUUGGAAGUGGAGGACUAUUCACUACUCCAUAUGGCUGACCCAACAAUCCUGCACUCUACUAAUUACUCGCAAAAUACCACCCAUGGAGAGGACAUUUUGCAUGAGUUGCUUUCAGUAGCCUCAGCCUCCCAAGAACUGAUCAAUAACCCUAAUUUCCAUGAAGACAUGUGGGCCGCAAGAAUUACUCCUCACUUCAACGAGUCAUUCUCCACCCUAAUUGAAUCUGGCGAUGCUGUAGGUUCCUCAAAGUUCAUUGCUAAGUCAUGUGGACUUGAAGAGCAAUCAACCUUUGUUGACAUUAGUGAGUUGGAAGAUGAGUUUAAGGAGCAGACGAAAGGGAAGAAUCUCAGGGAUGUUAAAAAGCUUCAAGAGAAUUUGUUGGAGAUGAAUAAAGAAGUGCAAAAGAAGGAUUGCAGUUCAAAUCCUCAUACAGAACACAUCUGUGAUGCUCGAGCAGAAACGAAUCAAGGAAAUUUUACCUAUGAAUCAACUGAAAUAGACGACAAGCCCAUCUACUCACAAUCUCAAGAAGAUAACUUCUCCAUUGGUUUCAUCAACAUUCAAAAGGAUUUCAACCAAGAUGAACACCACCACCUUGAUAAUGCUGGUUCCCCAUCCUUUGAUGUUUAUCAUGAGAUGAUUCAGUUCAAUCAAGGACUGCUUAUGUCAAGCCAAACCGUCUCUAAAACAUUCUUUCAUCAUAUUGCACCAGCAAACAAGAUCAACAUCCAUCUGAAUCCAAUCAAUUUCAUGGUUGACAAAUAUGAAUCUUCAGAAAGAGCUAGAUCAAGUGUUUCUUUCUUUGAAAAUUUUAAGAAUUUCUUUUGUAACAAGCUGAAGAAGGGCUCUAUUUUUGGUAGAGGUGGAGCAAAUGGCAUGCUAGGUCUUAUUGAAGUUCUUUUAGCUUCCAGCUUUUAUCAUGGAGGGUUAUUGGAGCAAUCCAAUUUGUCGAGGGAAGAUAUGCCUUCAAGGGUUGCAGCCAUACAAGCUGGGGGCAUAAAGCUCACGAGCUAUGACGGAAGGAAAAAAGCAGAGAACAUGAAAAGGAUGAAAUGGAAUGAUGGGAAGAAAUUUUGGUUUCCAAAAAUCAGAGGGAAAAGCAUUUCAAGAAUGCUUUUAAAUGGGAAUUUGCUGCCUUGGGUCUCUAUGCUUCAGCCUUCACACCACAGCCAGUAAUUUUAUUUGGACAUACAAAUUCAUCUGUUCUAACACAGAAUACAAGUAGUUUCAAUUUGGUUUUCAUUAAUUAUAUAUAUGUAUCUAGAAGAAAGGUUCAUUGUAUUGUUGAUUUUUAACAUGCAUCGUAAUUGUAA